GGCACAUCAUCUUCCGUCGCGUUCCGCAUAAGUAUGCAGUUUUCUUCCUCCAAAAAAGCAAUUAACAUCGCCAAAUAUUUUCUAACAGAUGAAUCCUCAGCUGUCGACGCUCUAGCGAGGAGAGUUAGUUACGGAGAGGACACGUUCUAUAAAGCAUACGAUAAAGAAUUAAUAGCCGCACUACAUUAUUUUUCUUCCGCCUCGACCGAAGAUGACGUUAUUAUAGAGCUUAAUGUCAGCUCUGAUUUUGCACAGUUGCUUGAUUCGUUCUCUGAACAAAUGCACGCUGGUCCAGAUUUCACG